GUUGUUGCUGUUUGUUUACGUCGACUAGUGGACUUUGGCUGCCAUCGCGCUUUGUUUUCAAUUACCGGCUUAAAUUGCGAAUAAUGUUUAGAUUAAAAGUGCAUAAGAGCCGCUUUGGCGCCGUUCUGGCUGCAACGCGCAACUCUACAACAACCACAACACAUGGCAAUCAUUAUCAAUAUCUGCAGAACUCAAAGCUGCCCACGCUCUAUUUUCAGCGGUCGCUGCCGCGUUUGCCCAUACCGCUGCUGGAAAAGUCGUGCGAGCGAUUUCUGGCCGCCGUGCAGCCCAUACUCAGCGCAGAGGAGCAUCGGGAGACGCAACAGGUGGUCGAACAAUUUCGCCAGGGCGUCGGCAUGGAGCUGCAUGCGAAGCUGAAGCAACGCGAUGAGGCCAACAAGCACACCAGCUACAUUUCGGAGCCCUGGUUCGACAUGUACCUGACGGAUCGAGCGCCCCUGCCGCUCAACUACAAUCCGCUUCUGGUCAUGCGAGGCGAUCCGAGGCCAGAGUAUCAGCCACAGGUGACGCGUGCCACAAAUUUGAUCAUCAGCUCGCUUCGUUUCUGGCGCUCGUUGCAGGCUAAUAUUCUAGAGCCAGAGGUCUAUCACAUGAAUCCCAAGAAAACAGACACGGCCAGCUAUCGGCGCUGGAUGGCUAUCGCGCCGAAAGCCUUUGCCACAUACGCUUCGUAUGCAUUCAAGGCCUUUCCGCUGGACAUGAGCCAAUACAGCCGCCUGCUUGGCACCACCCGCAUACCGAAGCUGGGCAAGGACGAGCUGGUACAAUCGCCGCACUCGAAGCACAUUCUUGUCAUGCGACGCGGCAAUAUGUAUGCAAUGAAUGUGCUAGACAGCAGCGGUUACAUUCUGAGCCCGAGCGUCAUACUGGGUCGCCUGAAAAGCAUUCUUGAACAGGACUCGCAGCGGGAACCGGCAAGCGUGCCGCUGGGUGUGCUCACUACCUCUCAGCGCAAUGACUGGGCCCAAACGCGAGCUCAUUUCGUCAGCAAUCCAAAGAACGCUGAUCUGCUGCAGCGGGAGGUGGACGCAGCGCUGUUUUGUCUGUGCCUGGACAGCGUGGAGGAUGGCCUGUUCGAUGAGACCAACCCGGUGCCCAUGUUGAAGCAUCAGCUGGCGGGCAAGGCAACGAAUCGCUGGUUCGACAAGUCCCUGUCGCUGUUGAUCAGCGCCGACGGCAUCACGGCCGUCAACUUUGAGCACUCCUGGGGAGAUGGCGUCGCUGUGCUCCGCUACUUCAAUGAGAUCUACAAGGACAUGCUGCAGCAGCCAUUUGUGUCGGCAAGCACGCCGCAUACACCAGCUGAUGGCGAUACUAGCAAUGUGCGGCCGCUGAACUUUGAGAUCGAUGAGAGGACGCGUGCCGCUGUGGAGGCAGCUUACGCACAAAAUGCCAGCAUUGUUGAGAGUCUGGAUAUGAAUUAUUUGCAGUACAAGCAGCUUAAUAAGGGCACCUGUAAGCGACACGGCCUGAGCCCCGACUCCAUCAUUCAGCUAGCCUUCCAGCUGGCCUACCGUCAGGCAUUUAAGCGCUAUGUGGGCACCUACGAGUCCUGCAGCACAUCAGCCUUUCGACACGGUCGCACCGAGACAAUGCGCCCCUGCACAAUGGCCACCAAAGCCUUCUGCGAGGCUGUGCUGCAGCCAACGCAAAGGCAGCCCAGCUCGGGAGAGCUGCGCGCUAUGAUUGAUAAGUGCAGCAGCGUGCACGGGCAGCUGACCAAGGAGGCGGCCAUGGGACAGGGCUUUGAUCGUCAUUUGUUUGCCCUAAGGCAUACGGCACAGCUGGAGGGGCUACCGCAACCGGCGCUGUUUGAGACUGAAGCUUACAAACGCAUCAACUAUAACAUUAUAAGCACCUCCACGCUGGGCACCGAUACUGUAGUAGCCGGUUCCUUUGGUCCCGUGGUCAAGGAUGGACUGGGCGUUGGCUACUCCAUUCAGAACGAUUUUGCGGGCGCCAUUGUGACCUCGUACAAGAACCAGGCUCAAGGCAAGGAAUUUAUAGAUAGCCUGGAAUCAGCAUUCGACCAAAUAUGCGCCAUUAUUGAGCGCAGCAGCAGCGCCGCAAAGGCCGAGAGAAGCAACUAAGGA